GUCACAUGAAGCAAGCUCCGGCCCACUGCUUCACAAUAUGUAGUUUGCAGAACGCUUUGAAGCCUCGGUGUUAGAGGUAACAUCAGUACUUUUUGGUAUGACAUGGUGGUGCUCCAAGUCUGUCCUGCAUACAUCGUGGUGGAUUGACGGAGUCUGGCUCACUGCACCACUGCAGUUUUCUGAUGCCACAUUUUGUGUGGGUGCUGCAGACUGGAUCUCUCGCGGCUGUCUGUAAUUUUUGUGCGCUUGCAGCUGACGUCGGAGGCCUUUUUGUUUUUGGAUCCAAGGCCUGUGUGCAAAUGGAGGCUUAUUAAGUGCCGUAUCAAUUUUAGGACCGCUAACACUUGGGGAUUUAAGCGACACUCGAUAAAGCAAUCAAAUGCCGAAAAAAUCGGACAUAUUUAAGUUUUCUGGAGGGAAUCCUUGGAGGACGUGUGCUUGAAGCCUGUUUACAGAAAACCCCUGAAUGAUAGAUCUCCUCAGUGCUCGCCUCCACUUAUAAAAUGUGGUUAAAACUCUUCUUUUUGCUCCUGUAUUUCAUAUUGUUGUUUCUGCUUGCUAGAUUUUUUGAAGCUGUGGUUUGGUAUGAGACUGGUAUGUUCGCAACGCAGCUUGUAGAUCCAGUUACCCUGAGUUACAAAAGGUUGAAAACCAUAUUGGAGUGCAGAGGACUGAGGUACUCCGGCCUGGCUGAGAAAAAGGAUGUCAGCGAGCUGGUGGAGAAAUCAGGUGAAUUGACACAAGGGGAGGUGUACUCGGCUAUCAAGAAAGAGAGGGAGCAGACAAAGUCUGGAGCUUCCGGUACCACUGCCUUCAGCGGGGAGAUGCACUUCUAUGAGUUGGUAGAGGACACUAAAGAUGGAAUUUGGCUGGUUCAGGUUAUAGCCAAGGACCAGGAAGCUGUGCUCAGUCAGUCAAACUGGGGAAAAAUGGUGCAGAAACUGUCUCAGUUUGGAAUCAGAACUGGAACCUUCAACUGCUCCAAUGACAAUAGGUCAUGUAUCAAACGUCGUUGGCAACACUCAACAAUCAUCAUGUCUGCUCCUCAAACUUCAGCUUCAAAGGGCAAAGUCAUGCUAAAAGAAUAUUCUGGACAAUACAUUGAAACGGGACACAUCUUUCGGUGGAUGACCUCCCAUUUGGCUCGUCGAAUCAAAACUGUACGUCAUUCUGCGCAACUAAUUGAGGAGUGGCGCUCUGACCCAGCUCAUCCGAUCAAGAUGUUUCUGUUCACCCAUCUGUCCCAACCUCCUGCCUUCUUUUCCGCACUAUCUGUUAAGUUCACUGGCAGAAUUGAGUUUAUUUUUGUGGAUGUACGUCACUGGGACAACCAGAGCACCCUCUUAGACAUUGGUGUGACACAGAGCCCUGCUUCUAUACUUAAAAUGCCAGAGGGUAUCUAUCACUAUGGUAACAGUACUGGGGAGUAUCUGUCUCUUGCUGCCAUGGAUACAUUCCUGCGUUCGGUCCAGCCAGAAGUCAAUGAUCUGUUUGUCCUCAGCCUGAUACUCAUAAAUUUGCUGGCCUGGAUGGAUCUCUUCAUUACACAGGGAGCAACGGUCAAGCGAUUUGUUGUUCUAAUCAGAACACUUGGAAUCUACAACUCCGUAUUGUUGGUGUCUUGGCUUCCUGUUUUGGCUCUUGUUCAACUCCCCUACCUGGACACUUUGUAUGGUUACAGUCUGAAGUUGACUCGUUUUGCAGACACCACCACAUUCGCAAGUUUAGUUAGAGCUGACUGGACCUUUUACUCAUCCCACCCAGCUCUCUUUCUGUCAACCUACCUGGGUCAUGGCCUGUUGAUUGACUACUUUGAGAAGAAACGUCGUCGUGGUACUAGGAACCAAGCAGACAGCACCACCAACCUGGAGUGGUUAGUCAAUCUGUGGGACUGGUACACCUCCUUUCUUCUUCACCCUAUUACAUCAGUGCAACAGUUCCCAUCUGAUUACUCAGAGUGGGAGGACUAUCCAAGCUUUUUAUUAGAGCGUUUGGCUUUCCCGGACCUCUGGCUUCACCCACUAGUAAAUGUAGACUACUUAAAAUCACUUCCAACCUGGAAGCUUAGAGUUGUUCAGCAAAGCCAGACUGUUUCUUGUGUGCAUCAAGAUGAUGAACAAGAUAGAUUAUCAUCAGACAUAAACAGACAAAAGCUGACAGGUUCCUCUACUGCAGGCCCAAACAGACCUCCACACAGCAGUUUAAGCUUCCAAACAGUGGACAGAGUGCUGGAGGAUGGUGGCAUCGUUCCUGUAGGUGUCUCUGUUAUUCAGGAGUGUGACUGGCCUGAGUGGCCCAAUGACAUGCUUCCAUGUUUAGAGUGCGUGGUGUGUCUAGAGAACUUUGUGAAUGAGGAGCUGCUUAUGGGCCUGCCCUGUGGCCAUGCCUUCCACCAGCAGUGCAUUGUGGUAUGGUUAGCAGGAGGUAAGCACUGGUGCCCAAUAUGUCGCUGGCCCAGCUACAAGAAGAAAAGAAUUAAAGUUGGAAUAACACCUCCACUGAAAACACAUUGUUGAACUGAUCAUUGCUAAAAUGAAACUUUUUGAAUCUUUGAUGCUCACUUGACAAUUGCCAUGUUUUACUGUCACAGUUACACAGAUUCAAGGAGGAAUGAUAAGUUAAUCAAAAUGCAAUAACAAUCAAUAAUCUUGGUUGCUUUUAUCCAGGCCUAUAAUUUUGGUUUUAUUCCUAAUUAAUACUGUGCAAUGACCAUCAUGAGAGCUGAAACGAGCAACACCAAGUGACAAUGUUUUCUGUAUGAAGGGUCCAUGCUGAAUUACAAGGAUUGUAAAAGUAGAACGACCUUGGUGUAUCUGUUUAGAUUUUAGUGUACAUUCUGCAUAUUUACAAGGAAAUGGGAUACUGCCCAGAAGUAAUAAAGAUUGAUCUUACAGAUGAAGUCUGUCAACUGAA